AUGUGCAAUUCCUCAUAUUUUGUUUUAAUCUUCAGUCUUUCUCAAUUAGUUUCUUUAUCAUAUUCACUUUAUUUUCACAUUGGUGAAGCAGAACGAAAAUGUUUCCUGGAAGAAAUACCUGAUGAUACCUUAGUUAUUGGAAAAUAUAAAGUUGAAUUAUAUGAUGAAAAUUCAGGCGCAUACCGUCCAUCAACACCUGGUAUUGGUAUGCAUGUCGAAGUUAAAGACCCUGACGAUAAAAUAAUUUUAUCCAAAUUAUAUACAAGCGAAGGACGUUUUACAUUUACGUCACAUAUACCUGGAGAACAUAUUAUUUGUCUAUAUUCAAAUUCAAGCUCUUGGUUUGGCAAACAGAAAUUACGUGUUCAUCUUGAUAUUGAUAUUGGCGAACAUGCAAUUGAUUAUCAACAAGUUGGUGCUCGUGAAAAGCUCACAGAACUUCAACUGCGUGUUAGACAAUUAUUAGAUCAAGUAUCACAAAUAACGAAAGAACAAAAUUAUCAACGUUAUCGUGAAGAACGUUUUCGUACUCUGAGUGAAACAACAAAUCAACGUGUAUUAUGGUGGUCACUUGCUCAAUUGGUUAUUUUAGUCAUCGCAGGAUUUUGGCAAAUGCGUCAUCUCAGAGGAUUUUUUGAAGCUAAAAAGCUUGUUUAA